AUGACGCCUGGAGGCGAGGCUACCCCCACAUCUGCUAAUGUGGCUCCCCAAAAGGUACAGUCCUAUAAACAUCAACGUGGGACCGGCAUGAGAGAAAACAACCUGCGCUAUUCCGAACAGAGAAUAGACCACAUUCGCCAGCAAGUUCGGCUGCUCUCGGUCACAAGUGUCCAGGGUUUACCAGAACAGGACAUCCAUCCUCCAGCAUGGGACAGCAACCGCAACCCCAACGGUAAGAGGAAACGCGAGGCGAAGAACGCAGAAGUUGACGAGGCUCUCUACCGGUGGUACGUGAACGCCAAGGCAAGGUCUGCGCCUGUCAGCGGCCCUAUCCUGAAGGAAAAGGCCAGAGCGCUGGCGGAGGGUCUGGGAUGCGAAGACUUCAAACCAAGCGAUGGCUGGCUUGGUAGGUGGAAGACGAGGCACAACAUUUCGACAAGAAGAGGGAAUGCCGACUCUUCUUCACGGUUCGUCGCCGAUCGCCCAGUUGAAGACACCCAGCAAGAAACAACGGACGAUCGCGGCGGAGCUUCUGUCAAGGCCGAUCCUACUCACAACGAUGAUGAUCCGUCCCACCCUGCAACAGCUGCGUCGCAAGAAGUUCACUCGGCAGAAACCGCCACCGAGGAAGCAGUCUGUCCGGGAGCACGGAGCGAUUCAACCGUCAGGGUUGAACCAGCUAACUGUGCCAACGUCCAGCCCCGCGCUGUACCGACUCUGUCAGAAGUGGAGGAAGCCAUCGACGUCAUCCGUCGGUGGAUGAGAUUCCACAACUUACAGCACUCUCCCAUGUACGGCACUCUCCUGGCCAUCGAGCGGAACAUCUACGACCACUUUAGGAAAGCCAAGAAGCAGAAGUCCAUCGCUCAGUACUUCAAACCGAUCAGCAAGUAACGGUAUGAUGACUGCACUAUGGACUUAUCUUGUAAAAUCUGCCCCAUGUUUUGUAUACAGCCAUGUUUGAAGAAGCAGAAGUCCAUUACGAAGUUCUUCAAAACGACCA